AUGGAGAAUUAUUAUGUGUGGAUUUAUCACGAUGAACAAGAACCUACAAAUAAUACCGAGUCUGAUGUUAAUAUGCACGCUUCAAGGAGUGAGGCGCGUAUGGAGUGUGAAAACUUUGGCGUGAUGGAAGAUAUGGUUGGUGAUGCACUUGGGGUGAACCUGUCUUACAACGAGGGUGGUGAAGAGGAAACAAUCCCGAAUGAGAAAGCGUUGAAGUUUUACAAGAUGAUGCAAGAAGUAAACAAGUCGUUGUUUGAAGGGUGGUCUGAUUCUAAGCUAUCCAUGAGUGUGAGGCUUUUAGCUGCCGCAUCAGAUUGGAGUGUAGCCGAAGAAGGCUCGGAGUGUUAUACAGAUAUCAUGAGGGACGCAACUCCUGUAAAGGACAAUUUGCCCUUGAGUUUUUAUGAGGCUCAAAAGUUGGUGGAGAAGUUGGGAUUGGAAGUUAAAACUAUUGACUGUUGCGUUAAUGGGUGCAUGUUGUUUUACGACAACGAAUUUGGUAAAAAUGAUGGGGCGUUGGUGGCGUGUAAAUUUUGCAAUGCACCGAGGUAUGAAGUAUGUGAUGAUGCCGGUUCUAAGAAGAAGAAACGAGUCUCAGUCAAGUCAAUGUUUUAUCUGCCAAUAAUACCAAGAUUGCAGAGAUUGUUUGCAUCAACUCACACGGCCGAAAAAAUGACGUGGCAUUAUUACAAUAAAACUAAUUCAGGUGUGAUGCGACAUCCUUGUGACGGGGUGGCAUGGAAGCACUUUGAUCAAGUACAUCGUGAUUUUGCAGAAGAUCCACGUAAUGUGAGGCUUGGAUUAUGCUCUGAUGGAUUUAUUCCGUAUAUCCAAGCAUCACCAACGCCUUAUUCUUGUUGGCCAAUUCUUCUUACCCCGUAUAAUCUUCUUCCUGAGAUGUGCAUGUCAAAGCCUUAUUUGUUUUUGAGUUGUAUUGUACCUGGACCUACGAGCCCCUUAGAUGGUAUAGAUGUGUAUCUACAACCCUUAAUUGAUGAUUUGAAUAGAUUGUGGAACGGUGUAUCGACAUAUGAUAUUGCAAGGAAGAAAUUUUUUAGAAUGAGGGCAGCUUUGAUGUGGACUAUUAACGACUUUCCUGCAUAUGGAAUGUUGUCUGGAUGGUCGACACAUGGAAGAUUGGCUUGUCCACAUUGCAUGGAACACACAAAGGCCAUAUGGUUGCACCACGGAAGAAAGCAUUCGUGGUUUGACUGUCAUCGUCCGUUUUUACCAGCGACACAUGAAUUUCGUAAGAAGAGGAAUUUGUUUACUAAAGGAAAAACAGAAAAAGAUGGCCCGCCUCCUAGGACAUCAUCAGAGGAAGUAUACCGUAGAGUCAAUGAACUAGGACUUUUGAAGUUCACAGAUGUUGGCAAAAGAGUCAGACACCCACAAUACGGUAACGAGCACCAUUGGACCAAAAGAAGUAUCUUCUGGGAUCUCCCUUACUGGAAAGAUAAUUUAUUGAGACAUAAUUUUGAUGUUAUGCACAUUGAAAAGAACUUUUGUGACAAUAUAAUUCACACGGUGAUGAAUGUCUCUGGUAAAUCAAAAGAUAAUGAGAAGGCUAGAAUGGACUUGCCAUUGCAUUGGUAA